GGUGGGGCAGCCGGCUGCCUGUGCGGCCCAGUUGUGACGCAGCAGCCUGGAGGGAAGCAGCGUGCGACAUUGUCCUGCCUACCCCGACAGAGCUUGUGUAUCUUGUAUCUCCACGGGAAUACCUCAGAAAGGACCACCCACCAUGUCGGCAGUUACGGAGGUUCAGAACAACACAACCGAGGCCCUGGCCGCCCUGGUAGACGGGGGUGAAGACGCCCUGGUGACGCUCGUGGCGGGCGAGACGAGGGUGGCGGCUCACAGGGCCGUGUUGGCAGCCGCGAGCCCCGUGUUCGCAGCGAUGUUCGCGCACGACAUGCUGGAGGCCAGCAGCGGCCAGGUGAGCAUCGACGACGUGGAGGGCCCGGUGCUGAGGCUCCUGGUGGCCUACACGUAUACCCUGCAGGCCCCCCAGCUGCCCGACACGGCCCCCCAGCUGCUCUCGGCGGCCGACAAGUACGGCUUGUCGGUCCUGAAGGCUGCCUGCGAGCGGCAACUGAUCUCGCAGUUGGCUGUCGAGACCGCAGCGGCGACGGCCGUCACGGCAGUGAGGCACUCGUGCCCGGACGCCACGAGGGCUGCCGUCGCCUUCAUAAAGGACCACCUGCAGGUGAUGGCCACGCGGGGCUGGGCGGACGCUGUGCUCGAGUACCCGCAAGAAGUCAACGAAGUCAUCCGUCUACUCAGUGAGCCACCAGCAGAAGCCAGCUCGCCGACUGCCACAGGGGGCGGGUCCACCCCCAACUCUGACAGUCAACCCCACAGCGGCCACAGCCGGACUCCUGCUGCAGCUGCGCCUCCCACGUCUGCCCAACACACCCCUCCACCUGAUUACGCAGCCGCCUUGCACUUCCGGAGCCUUCAUUGGGCAGAGCGAGGCAGGAGGCUGAUAGAGGCGGCUAAGGCGGGGGCGGUGGGGGAGGUGCGGCUGUUGCUGGCGGUUGGGGUGAACGUGCGGGAGAGGGACGGGGUCAGGCGGACCGCCCUGCACUGGGCUGCACUGAGAGGCCACGCGGCUGUGGUGCGGCUGCUGCUCUCUGCGGCGUCCGACCCCAACGCCACGGAUCAUGAGAGGUGGACGCCGCUGCACGAGGCGGCAUACUUUGGUCGUGCGGAAGCAGUGGCUGCGUUGCUGCAGGCCGGAGCCAUAAGGGGGGCAAGGAAUUCUAGUAUGAAGACCCCCCGGGACAUCGCCAGGCAGUUGACCAAUCAGCAUAUCAUCAGGAUGCUAACAUAGCGUUAAUACGUGCCACUAGAGAAAAUGACAUCCUG